AUGACUUUAGAAUACCCAGGAAUCACAAUCACUUUAAAUAUUAGUAGUAAUAAUGAUAACGAAAGAAAUGCUUUAAAAGAAACUUUAGCACCAAGAAAACGAAUAAUCGAAACUCUUUUAAAUGAAAGUGAGAAUGUACUCAAUUCUCCAUUCAAUACAAAACAAGAAAAAGAUCUUGGAAAUAACCAUAGAUCUUGUUCAUUUAUAAAAAAUAAAAAGAACACAACAAAUGAUUUAAUACGUUCACACACAGUUGUGAAAAGAGAAAUACGUGACGUCCCGUCAGUUGGUCAAGGCGAACUAGAAGUUAAACUGUUAGGUUCACCAAAUAUUCGACACGCUGAAUCAUACAAUUGUGCUGCCAUGUUAGGAAAGCAAUAUUUAUUGAUCGGAAAUGAUGAGGGUUUAUCUUUUAUGGAUUUCUCUGUUCGUUAUGAAGUGAUGAAACCAAUUCAAAUAAUGCGUGGAAUUCCAUUUAAAAAAUUACAAAUGUUAAACGAUUAUGGUAUAAUGAUUGCAAUAGCUGGAAAAUCACAAAAAAUCAGAAUAUAUCGUUCAUCAUCUUUACUACAUCUAAUCAAGUUUGUCCUUAAUUCUAAACCUCAAGUUUCUGUGGAUUUCUCAAAAGCUCCGACUUUUUUAAAAAAAUUCACAGAUUCUGGCGUAAAAUGUGAACAAUGUAGUAAAAAUGCUGACGAAGGUGGUGGAAGUCUUCAACAGUUAUCAAAUUCUUUGGAGAAGGCUGAUAUCAGUAGUGAGGAAAAAUUAAAGGUUUUCCAAUGGGCAUCUGAUUACACUAAAUUGACUGAAAUCUCAAAAGAUUGUAUGACUUUCGAUGUCAAAGAAACAAAAAGCUAUCUUUACUUGGCUGUGUUAUCAUCAAAUCAUGUGAUUUAUUUAUUUGAAUAUUCAUUAGAAAAUAAUAAAGACAAUAAUCCAUUAGAUAUAAAAUUCGUACAUACUCAAAAUUAUUAUAUUCCAGAAACACCUUGUUUCAUCAAUGUGUUGACUGGCAUGUAUCUAAUUAAACAUAUCAUAGUUGGGACUAAUUGCAGCAAAGCUAUAAUGAUCGAUGCUCAUACUUCAGAAGUGACUGAAAUUUAUAUGAAAAAAAAUCUUAUUCCUCGUCACGAAGAAAAUCCAAAAUGGCUAAGCUUCAUUCCAAUACCAAAUACCUUUGAUUUAGAAUUCUUGAUAAAAACACCCAUCAAAAAAAUUGAACCAAAGGUUAUACCUUUAUCAUCAUCACAACCAUUAAAACUAUCAUCCGACAUUGACGGCAUUAAUGAUAUUAAUACAACAAUCACUGCCAAUACUAUUACUACCGAUGAUAAUACCGAUAAUGUUCUUAAUAAACUUGUUUCUCCUCCAACAAGUCCAAAAGAAAAAACAAAUUUUAUUUUGCGCAGAUCAACCAACAAUAGGACUAAAAGAUAUUCUUUACAAAAAGAUCCUUGUGAAUCAGGAGUUAAUAGCAAUAAUGAUAAGCGUUUAAAUCCUACCAGAACUAAUACUGAACCAAUAACUAUUUAUGAUACUCAACCAACUACUUAUGUUCAACCGUUAAAUUUUACUACAAUUGUUAAUGAACAGCAACUACCACCAAAUAACAUUAACGCUCAAAACAUGAAUACCACUAUUAACGAACAGCCGCCACCAACGAAUGAAAUUAUUAAAGAUCUAACGAUUAAUUGUGAUAAAGGUUACUAUUAA